UGAAGGCAGCAGGGGAGAGGGGCGCGCGGCACUGACUGUUUCCACAGAGCUGUCAUUUACAGCCAGAGCGCUCGGGGAGCGGGUCACUGAACGCACCUGUCCCGGUCCGUCUGCCCGGUACCGUCUCUCCGGUCCCGUCUCUCCGGUCCCGUCCGGCUUUUCCUCUUUUAUGUUUUAAACAACACAACUCGUCGUUUUCAACAACUUGUUGUUUAAACCAACGGUUCUUUACUCACUCGUGAGCCUCAGUCCGCCGCGAUGCGCGGGCUAGCCGGCUAACGUUAGCCUGGAAGAGUUAGCAUCUUAGCAUCCGCGGUUCGUGCGGGAAAGUCGCGGAGUCGCGAGCUGCUUCUCCCCGGAACCAGUCGGAUUGAACCAUGGUGGAGAGCGACGGGCUGGUGGAGCCGCUCCGCUGCCUCCAGGACCCGCACCUCGUCGCCCGCUUCCAGCGCCUGUGCGGGGUGCGAGGGACCUUCUCGAGAAGCGUCCCCGCCGGAGCUGCUGCCGACACCGACACCUGCGGCGGCGGCGGCAGCAGCAAGGCAGCGGAGCGGACUCGCACGCACGACAACGGGGCAUGGAGUAACCACAUCACCGCGGGGGAGGACAGCGAGAGGGAGGGCUUGGCCGUCGUCGGGGCUGCUGGUGCCGGGGGCUCAGUCGAAGCGACAGCGGGCGGGGUUCGGAGGAGGAUUACGGACUGUGGUGUCGACACAACCCGCGGGGACCGUGGGAGCGGAAACGCUCCCCAGAACGGGGCAGUGGCGGGCGGCGGGGCCCCGGUCGCCCCGCGGAGCGGCACGGUGAAGCCGCUCCGCAGGAACUCUCUGACGGGCGACGCCGGACAGGAGUUCCUGAUCGAGAACCGGCUCCUCUACUACCUGUUCACGCUCGGCACCGAGCUGGGCAACGAGUUCUUCUACACCGCCUUCUUCCCCUUCGUCAUCUGGAACCUGGACGCCUUCGUGGGCCGCAGGCUGAUCAUGGUCUGGGUGUGGGUCAUGUAUCUGGGCCAGUGCACCAAGGACGUGGUCGGCUGGCCGCGGCCCGCCUCGCCGCCCGUCGUCAAGGUGGAGAUGUUCUACAACUCGGAGUACAGCAUGCCCUCCACACACGCCAUGUCGGGCACCGCCAUCCCCUUCUCCCUGUUCUUCAUCACCUACGGCCGCUGGGAGUACCCGCCCGCGCUGGGCUUCGCUCUGGCUCUCUGCUGGUGUCUGCUGGUCUGCGUCAGCCGGAUCUACAUGGGGAUGCACUCGGUCCUGGACGUGAUCGUGGGCGUCCUGUACAGCGUCCUGAUCCUGCUCUUCGUCCUCCCCGCCUUGGACCUGAUCGACGACUUCAACCUGACGUGCCGCUACGCGCCGCUCAUCAUCAUCUCCUUCCACCUGGGCCUGGGCCUCUUCUGCUUCACCCUGGACACCUGGAGCACCUCGCGCAGCGACACCGCCCAGAUCCUGGGAACGGGCGCCGGCAUCGCCCUCGCCUCCCACCUCAACCACUGCCUGGGCCUGCUGCCCGACCCGACGCCGGACCAGCUCCCGCUCGCCGUUCGCUCCCUCGCCGCGGGCCUGGUCGCCACGGUCCUGCUGCGGCUCGUCCUGGGGGUGCUGGUGCUCAUGGCCACGCGGGAGCUGAUGAAGGCCGCCACCAUCCCGCUGGUGUGCCGGCUGUUUGGCGUGCCCGGGGGGGACGUGAGGAAGGCCCGGCAGCACAUGGAGGUGGAGCUGCCGUACCGGUACAUCGUCUACGGGACGGUGGGUUUCAACGUGGUCUUCCUGGUGCCGCUGCUCUUCAGCUACGUGUGGCUCUCCUGACGGGACGUCGGCUCGCUGUCGGUGUUAUCAAACCACUUCCCCUGCCAGACGCCGCCUAGCUGACAAGGCGUUCAGGAUGGACAGAACAGGAGCAGCUGGUCCCGACGCCCAGGAUCGUCUGGUGGAUCAACCUCGAAUGAUCUUUUAGAUUUAUGAAAAAAAUCAAAUCAUCUAAUUCCAGGAGAAUACAACGAGGACGACAUGGUGACAACCACUCGUCCUCGACCAGCUUCAAUCAUUUGAAAAGAAAAGAAUCAAAAAGAAGUUUUUCACCGAGGCCUCUGAGAGACUGACAGAUGCCACUGAUUGCUACUGAUAAACAACCUGUGUCUUAGAAUUUACAUUUUUAUUAAAGCUUUUAUUACUACUAUUAUUAUUGAGAGCACAGACAAAGAACCAUACAGGGGAUUUAUGUAUUACAGGGAAUGUUGUAUUCAUCAAUUAACCGUUUAGUUUGAAAAUUCCAACUUUUUUCUGUGCAAAACGUUCGUUUGGUUCUUUGUCUGAACGCGUCUGAACAUUAAUAUUCUAAACUUCCUCAGGAGGCGAUAAGGUCCACGUGAUUUUUAUAGUAAUUCAUUUCGUCUACAAUAAUUUACGAAAUCGUGAAUCAAAGCGUUUCUCUCGAAGGGCUCCUCCAACUUCCUGUCUUCAUAUUGUCCGCUCUGAGAUCGACAACGGCACAUACGUGAUCCAGACGGACGGAGUCACUCUGUUUUUGUCCAUGAGGACGAUUGGAACCAGUGCAUUUAUAUUUUAAACACUGUAAAAAUACAAAACAGUAUAUUUCCUGUUUGAUAACGUGGAGAAAACGUGACCGUGCAGAGCAGAAUAUUAAUUAUUAACAAAUAAGAUUUGUUUAUUGGGAGUAUUAGUACGACGGCGUAUUAGUGCCCCCCCAAAAAACUACGGAGCCGAGGGGGAGGGGCUAAUAUUCAAAGAGAAGAAGAAAAAAAAUUCUGACAUUCAUGUUUAGUUCUUCAAGGAGCUUCAUGAACAUAACACGGCGUCGAACAUCGGAGCCUGAGUAAACAUUUCAGAGAAAAUGUUGUAAAUCGAAACAAGAAGUCGUAAUAUUCCUAAAGAGACGUUGUCGUACACGUGAGUCACCGGGACGAAGAAAAACGCCAAUUUACUUCUCGUUCGUACCGAAGGACCCCUCUCGAACCUCUUUGUUUUUUUCUGUGCCUGCUUUACUCUUUACAAAACUCCUCUCAAAUUGUUGCCUGUUAUGCAAUUAAGAUUUAAUUUUGUCCAUUUAAAUCUGAUCGUGACAAAACUGAAAUUCACCAUCGCAGUUUUUCCGUCAGUUUUCGUGGGGGGAUUCCGAGAAGGAAUUCCACGUCCACACACGAUGUCACGUUAUUCUGAAACACAGGACAGGAAAAUGUUUCGUGCAUGGUUUCUGUUCCUAAAGAAAAAAUCUCAAAAGCCAUCACAUGUUGGGUUUUUUUCAAACUCAUCUCUGACACAUCAGAGACCGGCAGGUAGCAUCAAGGGCCCAUGCUGGAUAUCAGCCACACCCUGACCCAGGAAUAGAACCCUGACCCUCAGUGGUCAAACCCCUCUGAGCAAUAUGACAUAAAACAUCUGGAAACACUUGUGCCUGAAAUAACUGUCUGGAUUAGUUAUUGAAUUAGGAAAAUAGUUGAAUUUUCCUUCAAGAGAUUUUGAGAAAUGUAACAGAAGAUAUUUUUACACGACGGUCACUUAUUUUUAUUCGUCCUCCAGAACUGCAGGCGAAAGUUCUGGUCAAAGCUGACGAGCGGAUGUUUUUAUUCUAUUUCAGAUUUUUUUCACAGUAGAAAAAUAUAUAUAGAUAUAUGAUUUUUGUUGUUGGAUGAAGUAAGAUUCAUUUUAACAAACUUUUUUGAAAACGUCGUCGGGAACGCUUUCUCUGUCAUGGAGGAAACAAACGACUCUCCCACGGGGGGAGGAGCCUCCGUGGGUUUAGUGCCUUGCUCCAGGGCACGAGGUGAUGUGUUCAGGUGCUGCUGCUGUCGAGAGGAACUUUUAUCACGAGUCUUAAUUCUGCAGGUCGUUUGUUGUCGUCUGUUGAAUACGGUACUGUCCCGAUGUGAAUGCACUGUUUCCCAGAAUGCACUGUUUCCCCCACGAGCCGGAAAGAACCGGGGGAAGUUGGUUCUGAAUAUCCAAAAAAAUCUCAAAGAUUGUUCCAAUCUGAGUCGGGAUUUAGAGAAAGUGAAGUCAAAUUAAACCAGAGUUUAGAGAGCUGAGUUUUUAUUCAACAUAUUUACAUUUCAACAAUUUCCAUCAUUUUUAUUCUUUUUUGGGGGGGGGGUUUAAAAGAGUUGUUCCAGUCGGUAAAAUCCUGAACGUAGCUCAGGAAUCAGACGCUUUCAAGAAGAAUGAAAGUGUUUAAGGCAAAUAUUUAGUUUUACGUGUUGAUAAAGUUUAUAUUAAAUCAUAAAUAUAUCAUAAUGGAGCAACAAUUCAAAGCCCAAAGCUACUCAGUUUUAAGUGAAAUGAAACAAUUAAAUUGUUGAUCAGAUUAUCUGGACUACCUGCUCAGAAAAAAACAAGAUUGUCCUUUUCACACAGACAGAACCCAGAAUUUAAAAAUUGGUCACAUUUUUUUUUUCAGGCGCAGAGCGAGCAGCUUCUCCCCGACACUUCUCCCCGGCUCGUUUCACUUCCUGUGGCCUCUUUGUCAUGACGGUUUGCGUGUGAACGCGACUUCCUGUUUCCCUCGUCAAAACACAAACUUGUGUCUUAUGAUAUUCUGCAGCUCAACUCGUCCUCGUGUCCUGACAGUUUCCUGCAGACGGAGGAACCAUCAGGGAAAUUAGAUUGACAGGCGAGAUUAAACCAAACGUGUGUGUGUGUGUGUGUGUGUGUGUGUGUGUGUGUGUGUGUGUGUGUGUGUGUGUGUGUGUGUGUGUGUGUGUGUGUGUGUGUGUGUGUGUGUGUGUGUGUGUGUGUGUGUGUGUGUGUGUGUGUGUGUGUGUGUGUGUGUGUGUGUGUGUGUGUUAGAUUGAAGAACGUGUUGGAUUAUUGCUUGAUUUAGUUCAAUCUGUGGUAGAUGAGCUGAAGCAGAGCCGACCGCAGGAGAUUCAGAGGCUGUGAUGAGGAUUUUUAAUUUGUUUGUUCAGUUAAAAACGUUUUUUUUAACCUAAAAUACUAUUAGAAUACAUUGAAUAAUCUGACAAAUUAAAGAAAAAGAAGAAGCACAAAUAUGUAAAUGUUAAAGUUAAAAUCAAACAUUAAAACAUUGCGACACUCUCCCGGAUUGUAAUUGAACCCCGAUUCAAAAAUUUCCAGAAAUUGGCAAAAAUCCUAGGAUUUGGUAAAAGUAUGUCCCAAAUUUUCCUAUUUGGUAGAAUUACAGAAUUUGUUUGGAUCAUGACAAUAUGACAUCAUAUAAAGAAUUCUUUAUUAAUUAUGUUGCAUCAUAUAAUUGUAUGUGGCGUGAUCCCAAAUUAUGUUCUAUCAGUAAAAUCCCAGAUUUUGUCAUAAUCCUAAAUUUCCUUUAUUUUAAUCACGUUUAAAAAGAAAACAAUCAAAUAUUAUUUGAUUUGGUUAAAUAUUUAAUUUGUUUUAUAAUAUUAGGAUAUUAGACCUAAAAUAUAUUUUGUAAUCCCAAUUCUAGUUUUUGGUAAAAUGUCAGACAUACAUUUAAUUAUGAUACAAUCCCUCAUUUACAUUUGAUAGAAUCCCCAAAUUUUGUUGUAAUUCAAAGAUUUUCUCAAUAAACUCACUAUUUUAUUAAGGAAAUUACAGAAAACUAAUUUUUCUAAAUUGCUUAACUAAAUUUGUUAAAUUGUUUUCAUAAUCCCAAACAUUUUUUUUUAUUGCACCUUAACACUCAAAUGUUUCGGCUCAUAAACACAAUCAGGGACUUUAUUAGUUUAUACUUAAAUGAUAAAAGUAUUUGAACCUGUAGAAAAUUAAUAUUUUCAGCUCCCUUGUGCCCCCUGAUGGCUGAACAUCACAAUGCACUUCCUGAUCGUAAUAGCUUCCAAAAAUUCCUAAAAGUUUGUCGUAGUCCAAAAAUAUUUGCCAUUUGGCAGAAUUAAAGAAAAGUUGUUAUGACCUAAAUUAAUAACCUCUGCUCCUCUGCGCCCCCUGGUGGCUGACGGUGCACUUCUGCUCUCGGCUGAACUUCAUGAAAUUUUGUCUUGUCUUAUCGAGACGUUUUCUUUCCGGAUCUUAGAGAAAUUUACUUUUUUAUAUAUAUAAAAAUUCUUUCUGACCAAAAACACGGAGAUUGAAGCGUCUUCCCUUCGGUGCCUCGAUCGUUCAGGAUGAAGAAUAUUUUUUUUUUAAUCCACGUGUGAAAACUCUUUUAGUCUUUGGUCUUCUCUCCUUUCGCCUUUUGCACUUUGUGACAAUAGAGAUUAACGUGUCGGAACAUUUCUGGUAGAUUUUUAUUAAAUUUUAUACUUUAUGUAAAUUCAAGUGUUUUCCCGAAACGGUUGCUCGUUUGUAACAAGACGUUUUUAUGUUUAUGUUCAUUGAAGUCAAAAGUAUUUUAUUUUCUUAACCCUUAGACAUAUUCUUUUGGUUCAUCGUCCGUCUGUUUGGUUGAGACGUUUUCAUUUUUUGAAAUGUUUAAUUUCCAAAAUGGAACAAAUCCAUCUUAGAAAAAUAUCUCCAGCGGAUUCAUAGAUUCUUUAUUUCAUCACUCUCACGAUUCCCUGUUUUCAGUCGUGUCCUGAUCACCACAUUUCAUUUUUGUUCAUUUGAUUCAUAAUUCAGCUUCAUUUUUGUCUGAUUGUUUGUGUGGAAAUUAAAUAAAAACAAUUCACCUGCU